AUAUGGCGGCCGGCGGCAACCAGGAAACUACCCCGUUUGGCCGUCAUUUGAAGUGCAAAAACCUCCACGAAUAUUUACAAGGUUUGCCUGUGAGUGUGCUUGAUAAAUUAUAUGGACACUCUGCAACUUGCUUUGCUGUGUUUAGGGAGUUACCAGAAUUAGGCAAACAUUUUGUAAUGCGUACAUUGUUUGCUGAACAACCACUACCUGAGACGCUUGUAAAUGCAUGGGUCAAGAAAGACCAGCAAAAUUUUUGCACAGGUGCACUCAAUAGGUUGAAACAAUUGAGAAUAUGGCAUGUGGUGACUGGAUGGUCACAGCCAAGAUAUGAAUUAAAUCCAACAUUCAGAAGGAAUUUGAAAAUUGCACUUUGUGGAGGUGGGCAGUCUUGGUGUGGUGGAACUGAUGAUCUAGGACCUGACAAACAUUCCAAAGACAAAGAUUUCUUAGAAAAAUAUGCUUUAGAACGAUGGGAGUCUGUACUUCAUUUCAUGACUGCAUCAUCCCCCCCUGAUGGGAUAGUUGGAAUAAGUGCUGAUGUGGUGCAAGUCCUUAUUGUAUCUGGUUUAAUGAAAAGUGAUAAACAAGAACAAACUCCAAUGAUUACACCUUCAGGAUUUCAAUUUCUCUUAAUGGACGUAUCUUCUCAAAUCUGGUACUUCAUGCUCAAGUAUUUGGAUAUGGUUGAGGCUCGUGGCAUGGAUCUUAUUGAGUGUCUGUCCUUUCUUUUCCAACUUACGUUUUCUACAUUUGGAAAGGACUAUCCCACAGAUAACAUGACAGAAUCACAAUUCAAUUUCUUGCAACAUCUUCGUGAAAUUGGCUUAGUGUUCCAGCGUAAGCGAAAAUCGCGAAGAUAUUAUCCAACUAAGCUAGUCAUAAAUUUGGCUGUAGCUGGCUCAGGAAAUAUAGCGACGGCAAGUGAGGGUGUUGAAGGUUUUAUCAUGGUUGAAACGAAUUACAGAGUUUAUGUUUAUACUGAUUCUCCCCUUCAAGUUGCCUUAGUUGGAUUAUUUUGUGAAAUAAUAUGCAGGUUUCCAAAGUUUUGUGUUGCUGUCUUGACUCGGGAAAGCGUUAGUCAGGCUUUCUUGAGCGGUAUAACAGCGGAUCAGAUCCUUCAUUUUCUCAGAACAAGAGCCCAUGCUGAGAUGUUAAGAAAGAACCCUGUGAUUCCUGCAAAUAUUGCUGAUCAAAUUCGUCUUUGGGAAUUGGAGAAAUGCCGAAUGCAGUUGACUGAAGGGGUUUUGUACAAUCAGUUUCUGUCUUUAUCUGACUUUGAAACCCUGCGAAAGUAUGCAGAAGAUCUGGGAGUUCUGACCUGGGCAAAUUCCUCAAAACGUGUUAUGAUUGUGAGCAAGUCAGGACAUGAUGAUGUAAAAAAGUUUUGGAAACGACAGAAGCCGAAGGAAUAGUGAACCGCUUGAGUGCUUUGACAUGAGGUGGCAAAAGUUGAUGGUUAUCAUUUCCAAGAAUCAAUGUUUGAAGAUAGCUUUUCUCAGAAAUGUGCUCUGAUAUCAGUACAAUAAUUUCGAGGGCAAAUGUGGAUAUGGUGGAGAAAAAUAGUGAAAAUAAAUCCACGAAAGCAACUAGAUUCAUAUAUGGAUAUGUUUGGAUAGAUAAGGACAAUGAUAGAUGACAUUGAUUGGAGGUUGAUAGAUGGUAAUGACAACCGAAGGGUAUUCACAAGAAAUAUCGUGGUUGGUGGAUGUAGAGAAAAUACCAACGUAGUUUCAGCAUUAACCAACCUACAAAGAUAAGAUUAAACAAAUGUCGUGAAAACAGGAAGAGGGAGAAUUCUAAAAAUUGAUAAUCGAGUAUUUAAGAAGAUUUUGAAUAUAUGUACAUGUUGUUGAUUUCCCCAACUAGCCUCUUGAUUGAAAAAGAGCAUUUAAACUAUCUCUCUCAUAUUAUCUAAGAAAGUCUGGGGACGAGAACAUGUUGAGCAUGUUUAAUUCAGAAAAACUGGAGACAAGAAAAAGAACACUAAGCUUCAUUUACUGCCUUGACAUUGUCUCGAAUUUAUGUUUUUCAAAUGCUGUUAGAGAUAGUCAUAUUCGGACAUAACUAUAGCCUGUGUUUUUGUAUGGUUUUGAAAUUAGACGUUCCUCGGAGGUUUUAAAUUCCCCCAAGGAAAAGAAUGUGGGCGAUAUGAUAUUUUACAAACUGUCGGAAAUCGGCGGGUUUUUUUCCACUCUUAAUUUCAGCUUCCGCAGUAAUUUGAGUACAAAACAUAGAAAAUUAAAACUUAAAAGAAACCCGCCACGACUCUUUAUGUCUUGGGGGCUUUUUGUGUACGAAU